AUGAAAAAGGAACAUUGGAGAAAGGCUAUGCAGCAAGAGAUCCAAGCAUUGGAGGAUAAUGGAACGUGGACAUUAGAAAUAUUUCCACCGGAUAAGAAAGCACUCAGAUGUAUAUGGUUAUACAAGAUCAAGUACAACUCUGACGGCCCAAUCGAGCGAUAUAAAACUCGGUUAGUCAUUUUCGAAAAUAAACAGGAGGAAGGAAUUGAUUACAAUGAAACGUUUGCUCCAGUUGCUAAGAUAGCUAUGACUUCUUUUGUGAUGCUAAUUUUCUUGCUCUUGACUUUCUGGUUCCUCAAUUCCUCUGUUUCUUUUGGACAAGCUGAGGAAUUAUCCAUUGGAGACAGAAUUGACACAAACAAAACAAUUACAAUUGGUGUUACUAUUAUUUCUUCAAGUGGAAAUUUUGAGUUUGGCUUCUUUACACCAAACAAUGGUACCAGUUACUACAUUGGCACGUGGUACAAAAACAUAAGCCCGCAAACAGUCAUUUGGGUCGCGAAUCGCGACUCGCCACUUUCUUUCUCGGAAAUGCCCAAUGCAGAAUUCGCGAUCAGGAAUGGCAAUUUGGUCCUCCUGAAUGGGACUCGACAGCUAGUUUGGUCAACGAAAGUCAACUCCAGAAAGUCUGACGAUUCUAUGGUUGCAGUUCUUGGUGAUGAUGGAAAUUUUGCUUUAAGAGAUGGUAAUUCAAAUUCAACGUCUCAUGUACUCUGGCAAAGUUUCGAUCAUCCUAGUCAUACCUUUAUGCCUGGUGCGAGAUUUAGUUACAACAAGAACACCCAAGCAAUGCAAUAUAUCACGUCCUGGAGGAGUUCAGAUGAUCCUAGUCCGGGGCCUUAUACUGUCGAAUUUAAUCCAACAAAUGGCCAAUUUAGGGCAAUGUGGAAAAGGACCGAGGAAUACUGGAACAGUGGUGCUUGGGAUGGAGAUAGUUUUAGAAAUGUGCCAUAUAACACUCCCAACACAACAGUCAACUAUACGUAUGUCAACAAUGACAACGAGGUUUACUACAUCUAUACCUUCUUUAGUCCUUUAGUCACAUCAAGAUUUGUGAUUGAUGUCACCGGGGAAAUGAAGCAGUUCACAUGGUUGGAUAGCUCCAAGCAAUGGAAUGUGGUUUACCUUCAACCAACACGCUCUUGUGAUGUCUAUGCUUAUUGCGGGGCAUUUGGAACUUGCAAUCCAAACUCAACUUCAGUAUGCAGGUGUUUGCCUGGUUUUGUUCCCAAAUUAGACACCGAUUGGGAUUUAGAUAUUUUUUCUCAAGGUUGUGUUAGGAAAACAAAUUUGAGCUGCGGUAGUAAUCCAAGUGCUCCCUUUAAGGACAAGUUUUGGUUGAUGUCUAAUGUGACAUUACCCAAAUACUAUGAAACUGCCAGAGUUACAAGCGCGACAAAAUGUGAAUCUGCUUGUUUAAAUAAUUGUUCUUGUACUGCUUAUGCUUAUGAUGGCACUGAAUGUUUAACUUGGAGUGAAGAAUUACUAAAUCUGCAACAACUGUCUCAAGAUGAUCAAAGAGGAAGAAACUUGUUUAUCAAACUAGCUGCUUCUGAUUUUCCAAGUGCAAUUAAAGCGAAACCAUCAUGGUCAACAAGGCUCAAAGUCAUUGUUCUUGCAACAGUAUGUGUGACAAUCCUAGUAGUAAACUGUUUUAUCUACAUUUACUGUAGAAGAAGGAUUGCAAAAGGAAAAGGCCAGAGGAAUUUCUUGGCUCAUUUGCAGAGCAGAGAUAAUCUUAUUGCUUUGACAAAUGAAGAUGAUGAGAAUAGCAUCGAUGCUCCAUUUUUUAGUUUUGAAAGCAUAUUAGCUGCCACAAAUCAAUUCUCAGAGGCAAACAUGCUUGGCCGAGGGGGAUUUGGUCCGGUUUAUAAGGGUAAAUUUCCAGGAGGACGAGAAAUUGCAGUUAAAAGAUUAUCAACUCAAUCUCGACAAGGCAUAGAAGAAUUCACAAAUGAAGUGUUAUUGAUUGCAAGAGUUCAACAUAGGAAUUUGGUUAAACUUUUGGGCUAUUGUGUAAAGGGUGAUGAAAAGAUUCUACUUUAUGAGUACAUGUUAAAUAAAAGCUUGGACACCUUCAUAUUUGAUCAACAAAAUUGCACACUUCUGGAUUGGAAAAAACGAUUCGAUAUUAUACUUGGAAUUGCCCGUGGAAUGUCUUAUCUACACCAUGAUUCAAGGUUGACAAUCAUCCAUAGAGAUCUGAAAACUAGCAAUAUUUUACUAGACGAAGGAAUGAACCCCAAGAUUUCAGACUUCGGCUUAGCAAGGAUUGUCCAAGGAGACUAUACACGAGCAAAUACGACAAAAAUCGCUGGAACCUGUGGCUAUAUGUCUCCGGAAUACGCGUUGAAUGGAUCAUUCUCAACCAAAUCAGAUGUAUUUAGCUUCGGGGUAAUUUUACUCGAGAUUGUCAGUGGUAGAAAAAGCACUGGAUUUCAUCAAUACGAAGAGGCAAUAAAUCUUAUAGAACAUGUUUGGAAAUUGUGGGAAGAAGAAAAAGAAAUCAAUUUGGUUGAUGAAUCGCUACGUGAAACAUGUAAGUUGGAUGAAGCAAUAAGGUGCAUUAAUAUUGGCCUCUUGUGUGUACAAGAGAACCCUUGUCAACGUCCAAGUAUGUCAAACGUCAUAGUAAUGCUUGGGGGUGAAAGCAUGAUUUUACCAAGACCAAAUCAACCAGCUUUUGUGACAAGAAGUACUAUUUCUAGUAAAUCUACAACUUCUUCCUCUACCAACAAUGGGCUAACUAUUACAAUUGAACAAGGUCGAUAACAUGGGAAAGCUACGUACAAAGUUUUGAUGCCCAAAUGAAUUCAUUUGCCUGACAUAUCCUUGAGGAAAUAGUUCAAGAAAAUUCUUUCAUAUCAUAAAUAGAGUCCAAUUAUAAGGUGAAAUUAAUGUGACUAUUUUUUUAAUCUGUGAAGUUGAGUGUUUAUUAUGUUGUAUCAUUAUUAUCAAUCGUAGGUUUUCUUGUAUAUGAUAUUUCAGUUAUCAAAGGUGCACAUAGGCUUCAAAAUUUUGUUGUCUUUAAAAUAAGCAAAUUUUGCUUCCC